AUGAAUGAAUUAAUGACAUAUUCGAAAGCGGGACAAAUCGCUCAAGAAGUGUUUAGUUCAUUACGAACUGUUCUUUCCCUCAAUGGUAAAGCUCGAGGUGCAGCAGCAUCAGUGUUUCGACUUAUUGAUGAGGGAAAUGAUGCAAGUGUCAAUGAAAUAGAUGUAUGGAAAGAGAAUACAGAAGCUAUUGAUAAUAUCAAUGGUGAUAUUGAAUUUGACAAUAUCAACUUUAGUUAUCCAUCUCGAAAAGAUGUACAAGUUUUGCGUAAUCUCUCUCUUCUUGCUCGUGCUGGUCAAACAACUGCUCUCGUAGGCUCAAGUGGCUGUGGAAAAAGUACAUGUAUAUCACUUUUUCUUCGAUACUAUGAACCAUCAUCGGGUCGAAUAAUGAUCGAUGGCCGCCCAAUAACAGAUUACAAUGUCAAACAACUUCGACAAAACAUUGGAGUUGUUAGUCAAGAACCUAUUCUGUUUGGUAUGAGUAUUUAUGAAAAUAUUCGUUUUGGUAAAGUAAAUGCCACACAAGCAGAAAUUGAACAAGCAGCACGAGAAGCCAAUGCACAUCAUUUCAUCAUGCAAUUACCAGAUAAAUAUGAAACACUUGUUGGUGAACGUGGUAUACAGCUAAGUGGUGGAGAAAAACAACGUAUUGCAUUAGCUCGUGCUCUUGUCAAACAGCCUACUUUCCUUUUACUGGAUGAAGCAACAAAUGCACUUGAUAAUAUUAGCGAAAAAAUUGUUCAAGAAGCGCUCGAUCGAGCAUGCAAAGGUCGUACAACUAUUGUCAUUGCUCAUCGUUUGACAACAAUUCAAAAUGCUCAUCAUAUAUAUGUAUUAGAUAAUGGAAGUGUGAUUGAACAAGGUACACAUGAAACAUUAAUGGCAAAAGAAGGAGGUAAAUAUCAAUCAAUGGUUAAAUGUCAACAAAUAGAAAGAAUCAAUGAUGAUCAAGAUGAUAUGAUGAGCAUACAAAAAACGACAGAAGAAGAUGAAAAGUCGAUAUUCGAAUGCUCUCGUUUACUUAGCGAUAGUCAAAUUGUUGAUGUGAACAAAAAAACUACAAGACCAUUCAGACGAAGAUUUGUCUUUUUAAGGCUCUUGUCAAUGACUAGUCCUGAAUGGAUCACGAUCUUGAUUGGUUGCAUAGCAUGUGUACUUAAUGGAGCAGUUCAACCUUUGUUUGCAUUUUUACUUACUCAAAUAGUGGAAUCAUUCAAGUAUUGUUUAACGUCUGAACGACGUCGUUAUGUGUUGGGUGCUAGUUUGUUUUUUUUGCUUGUGGGUGGUCUAGUAUGGAUUCUUCAUUUCUUUCAAUAUACAGCUUUUACUAUAGCAGGAUUGAAAUUGACGCAUCGUAUUCGCUCGAAAGCUUUUGCAUGUCUUCUUCGUCAAGAAAUUGCUUAUUUCGAUCAACCUGAGAAUGGUUCUGGUGCGAUUUGUGCUCGUCUUUCUUCUGAUGCAUCAGCCAUUCAAGAGAUGACUAGUACGCGAUUAGGAGCCAUCUGUGAAGCUGUUGCAUUGUCUUUUUUUGGAAUUCUAUUUGGAUGUUUCAUAAGUUGGCAAUUAACAUUGAUCGUUUUUGCUCCUCUUUUUUUCUUAUUCCUAAUUGUCUAUGGCCAAGUGAUUUUACUUUCAUGGGUGACUCAGCAAUCUGGCCUCAUUAAUGGACAAGCAAGCAUGCUUGUUGUUGAAAUUAUUCACAAUAUGCAUACAGUAAAACAUUUAUCAAUAGAAAAAGAAGUGUUACGACAAUAUUCUGAAUUCAUUCAUCAAGUAUUUAUAUUGUCUUGGAAAUCUUCGAUAUUAUUUUCAAUAACAUGUGGCAUAUGUUGGGCACUAUAUGGAUACUCUACGGCACUUCUGUAUUGGCGUACUUACGAUCUCUUUGAGAAGAACGAACUAGCCUCAAACCGUGUCAUAAAGUCUAGCCGUAUUGCUACAUCAAUCUCGGCUGCUGAAGCGUUUUUUGAUUUAUUUGAUCGAAAACCUACAAUAGAUAAUACAUCUACUGAAGGACGAGAAUUGCUUAUUGAUGGCAAUGAUAUUCGACAACUAAAUCUUCAUUGGAUUCGUUCUCAAUUCGGUCUUAUCAGUCAAGAACCAAUUUUGUUUGAUUUAACAAUUGCUGAAAAUAUUUCAUAUGGUUUAGAAAAUGUUCCAAUGGAAGACAUUAUCAAUGCAGCAAGAAAAGCUAAUAUUCAUCAAUUUAUUGAACAGUUACCUCAGGGUUAUGAAACAAAAGUAGGGAUGAAAGGCAGUUUUCUGUCAGGUGGUGAAAAGCAACGUAUUGCUAUUGCUCGAAUUCUUCUUCGUCGACCUAAAGUAUUGCUCUUAGAUGAAGCUACAAGCGCCAUGGAUUCGCAUAAUGAACAAAUUGUACAAGAAGCUCUUGAACAAGCUCAAACAGAAGAUUCUAGUCGAACAUCACUCAUUAUUGCUCAUCGUCUUUCAACUAUUCGUUCAUGUGAUUUGAUUUGUGUACUUGAUAGGGGACAUAUAGUGGAGAGUGGUACUCAUACAGAACUAAUACAACAAUGUGGUGCUUAUUAUAGAAUGCUUACUCAAAACAAUUUACAAUGA